UGUCGUCGUUCGAUGGUAUUUCUGAAUCAUCCAUUACUUUUUCAUUCUUUUCCUCUCUCAAUUAAUCUUAUCCCACACUCUCUCUGUAAGGAUUCCAUGAAAUCCCAGAGAUAUAUAAAAAUUUACCGUUCAUCAGUUACCAGUCAGUGAUGCUUCAAACGGUGGGUUUAUUGUGUCUCGCAAUUUUAUCUCAUGGAAAUCCUUUCCAAAUACAAGACAUUAUCAAAGUUCGAAACGGAAUCGAAAAAAGCUUGAUGUAUAUCAAUGAAAAAUAUAAAGAGGUUAACGUAGAUUGUCUAUUCGGUGUUGUUCUUACCCAAGCCGUCGUUCAAGAUGUUUACCAGAAUGGAAGUCAUUUAAUGGAUGAAAGUUCUCAAAAUAUAAUCAGAAGGUCGUCAAACAUUUUGAACAAGACUAUUCCUUUGGUUCGAAAUGAAGAGCUUUGGGUGGUUCCAUCACUCCUAAAUGUUGAUAUAUGGAUGAAAGAUUUAGUCUACAAGUAUAAUGAUUUAUAUUCCUUUUCAAAAAUUCCAAAUUAUGGAAUUUUGGACAAUGUUCAUCGAUUUGGCGAUAGAAACAGUCAGUUCCCAAACUCGAAUUUUUGUCUGCAAGACAUAGCUAACUGGACUUCAAAAAUAAUGCCAAGAAUGUGUUCGAUUAGAGGAGAUUGUUGGAAGACAUAUUAUGAGAUGGAUCGAUUUUCUUCUGGUUACAUAUUGACUCAUAAGUUACUUUUGUUACAACUCGCCAAAGCAAGAAAAUGUAUAAUCAAUAAAGAAGUAUAUGACCAAGAAACAAAACUUCUCUGUUCUUUGAUUUAUGCAGAGAUUUACAAUGGUGAUUAUUUCAAGGAGCUGGAUGAAACUUUCGAUUUAUUUUUAGAGGAAAUUGUCGUAUGCGGUUACGAGGGAUACACUGAAUUUUUCCAAACUAAGUGGCUCUACUACAUCUUAGAUUCACAAAGAAAUUCUGGUUGUUUUGCCGCAAUCUUAACAGAUAAGAGAAAAUCGAAGAUUAAAAGAAAUAUAAAUGUUUUCGAGGAUGGAUGUGCUGAUCACACAACAGGAUUGGGAAUGGCUGCUUUAUCGUUGUAUUAUAAUUUUAUUGUGAAAGAAAUAUUCAUUCUUUGAAGUGAAUAUUUUCAAAUCAU